CCUCCCCAUCCCUAAAUCCUGAGGGCCCCCCCAGCCCCCCACCACGUCUGCGGAGUGGGUUCCUCCCCCCUCCCCGGGGGGCGGCCGGGAGGAUCUGAGCGAGGCCCUGGAGAAGCCGCUGGAGAACGAUGCGGAGGGGGUGUGGAGCCCCGACAUCGAGCAGAGCUUCCAGGAGGCGCUGGCCAUCUACCCCCCCUGCGGCCGCCGCAAGAUCAUCCUCUCCGACGAGGGAAAGAUGUACGGACGAAACGAGCUGAUCGCCAGGUAUAUAAAGCUGAGAACGGGGAAGACGCGAACCAGGAAGCAGGUGUCCAGCCACAUCCAGGUGCUCGCCCGGCGGAAGGCCAGGGAGAUCCAGGUGAAGCUGAAGGACCAGGUGGCCAAAGACAAAGCCCUUCAGAGCAUGGCCAGCAUGUCCUCUGCUCAGAUCAUCUCCGCCUCUGCCUUCCAGAACAAGAUGGCGCUGCACGGACUGUCCCGCUCGGCCUACCCCUCUGCCACAGGGUUUUGGCAUGGCACUCUACCAGCGCAGCCAACUGGCCCGGAGGACAUCAAGCCCUUUUCCACACAGAACUACGGCAUUCAGACGUCCGGACCCCCUCCCAUAACAGGCUAUGAGAGCACAGCGGGUCUGACCAUGGCCCCCGGCGCCCCCCCCUGGCAGGGACGCAGCGUCGCCAGCUCCAGGCUGCGCAUGCUGGAGUUCUCUGCCUUCCUGGAGCACCAGCAGGACCCCGAAACUUAUAACAAGCACCUGUUUGUGCACAUCGGCCAGUCCAACCCCUCCUUCUCCGACCCAUACCUGGAGGCCGUGGAAGUGCGGCAGAUCUACGACAAGUUCCCCGAGAAGAAGGGGGGGCUGAAGGAGCUGUUCGAGAAGGGACCGGCCAACGCCUUCUUCCUGGUCAAAUUCUGGGCGGACCUGAGCACCAACAUCCAUGAUGACAGCAGUGCUUUCUAUGGUGUGUCCAGCCAGUACGAGAGCUCUGAGAACAUGAUCAUCACGUCCUCCACGAAGGUCUGCUCCUUCGGCAAACAAGUGGUGGAAAAAGUAGAGACGGAGUACGCCAGGCUGGAGAACGGCCGCUACGUGUUCAGGAUCCACCGCUCGCCGCUGUGCGAGUACAUGAUCAACUUCAUCCACAAGCUCAAGCACCUGCCGGAGAAGUACAUGAUGAACAGCGUGCUGGAGAACUUCACCAUCCUGCAGGUGGUGACGAACAGAGACACACUGGAGACUCUGCUGUGCGUGGCGUACGUGUUCGAGGUGUCGACCAGCGAGCACGGAGCCCAGCACCACAUCUACCGACUCGUUAGAGACUAAAGCACCGGAACGUGCCAAUCUGGCAACCCCACUACUUCAAAAACACACACUCACACCUCUGCAGCAGUCUGCCAACCCCAAGACCUCCUGCGUCUCUUUGAGCCCCGAGGGCCCAAACAGGGUACUCUGGGUCUCGCCUCUGUCUCCGAAAAACACAAAAAAUCUGAGGAAGCUAAAUCAGGACAAAGCUGUUCUGGAAUAUUCCGAGAGGAAAUAAAAAAAAACUGCACUGGGAUGAGGAAGAGGAGCAAGUUAUCUCCACAGUUCAUUAGUAUUAUUAUUAUUAUUAUUGUUGUUUUUUUACUGCAGAAGGAAAACCCUCAUGACAUUGCAUGGACUGUUUUCUUGUUUUGUUUUUUCCUCAUUUCAUUUUCAUAGCACUUGUUUCUCAUAGCCUCAUUUUUUCAGUUACAAAAUGCGUGGCUGAUCGUCAGGGAGCUUAAGAGAACAGCGUUCAGAGCGCCCCCUAGUGGGAGUCAUGUUUAAAUUGCUAAACGCGUCAAGAGCACAAGAACUCUGCAGAAUGAAAUUGAAAGCUGAACUCUCUCCCUCUCGGCUACCAUAUUUUCUCCCGGUCAGUUUGCUUUCAUAAUCUAGAUUAGUGGUCCUAAAUACCCUGGUCCACAGAACAGCAUUUGCCACGAAAAUAGACUGACUGUGAAAAAUAAGACUAACCAGGAUGAUUGAUUUGAAAUACAGUAUAUGGUAUCUGUUUUCAUUUUGGUUGUGUUUCAGGUGUAAAAUAAUGUCAUGUUAGGUAGUGACAUUGAAUGAACAUAAAUAAGCAGUGUACUUAAUAUUAAUUGUACUGACUUGAGCCGCAGUUAUUCGGUGAUGACUGAAGAAAUCUACUUCUGGGUGAAAGUGGACUGUACUGGAUCUGGUAAGUUCAACAGUCCUUCCUGGUCAUGUGAUACUUGAUAUGAUAACGUAUUGCUUGAUUGUGCUUUUUGUAAGUAAGUGGCAAGUAUUCAAAGAUAGACAAGACAUGUCUACAAAUUUGUUAUUAAAUGUCAAAUAAGUUGACAAGCCUCAUCUUUAUUACAUUAAAUAUUGUUUUAAAAAGUUUGUUAUCUCAUGUUAUGUUUCUUUGGCAAGAGAUAUGUGUAUUCAUUUUCAAGGAGAGAACAAGAAAGUGAUUAAUUUUAUGAAGUUUUGUACAGGCAUCACUGAACACUUAAAGACCAGAUGAACAGACAUUAACUCACUCUUCCAGCUGAAUUCAUUGUCAAAUGAAAUUAUUAGAUUUUUUUGACUCGAUGUGCAUCAUUUUUGGCCCUGAUUAAUUAAAAAAGGGGGGGGGGGAAAC